AUGAUUCUGAAAAAGUCUUCAGAUUCCAACGAUACGGUGGCGAUUUACGUAACUGGUAACGUAAUACAAUCUGAUCUCGAUGCACCCGAUACUCUGCAUAUGUUCCAUCUCGUGAAAUUAGUAUUCUUCCCAAUAUCGUCUGUUUCUGUGAGCCCGGAUUCUACCACCGGUCCUUCGUUACCUCCCAUAGCUGCUCCUCCCAUAGGGGAGCGUCAUAGACCGCUGCCGCAGACAUCGUCGUUAUCGCAAUCAUUGUCACGAGCUUCAUCAGAAGUGAGUUCGCAAGAACCACGUUCUUCGCGAGAUCUGUCACGAUGUACUGAGAUUUAUCACAACGAUCAAAUUUCAGCUACUCCUACCAAUCCUCUCACUAAUCUCCCACUAACUUCAUUUGUUGGGCGUAGUCAGUGGGAAGGAUCUGUUUGUAUGGUAGAUCCUCUCCUACUAACUCCGCCCAACAAACGAAUCACGUCACCGCUCCCGUUGACCAAACCUAUCCUCCAAGGUUAUCCUCGCAGGAAGAACAUAUUCCUGGGUUCUCGUAACGAAUAUGGGCAAACAGUGAGCCAGAUAAGGUCACCGAAUCUUUAUAUGUGCCACAUCCCAGCAUAG